CUGCUGCUCAAGUUUUAAAUAGUACAUAAAACUAGAUGGAAAAACCUGGAUCUCAUUUAGAUCAAUGAUGUUUGUAUAAACUUUUGAAUUUAGUAAAAGAAACCGCUUUGAUUUAUCACUGUGACUUUGCAGGACAACGACUAUUCACUUUGGACGAAUGAUGUGGCCAGUGUCGAUGCUGCCGGUGUAAUUUCAAUGAAUUUUUUAAACGAGACAAAAAAAACUGGAAAAACGACGCGGGUAAGCACUUAAUUGAAGCGAUUUCAUUAUUUUAAAAGAUAAAAACAUGCUAUCAACUAGGUUUGUUUAACCGUAAACCUGCGAAUAAGCCCUUCGCUUUAAUAUUCUACUUACUACCGUAAAUAUUCUACUUAUGGCAAUAUAAAUUAAGUUUGUCUUUUUUGAAAGAACAUUUAAAAUGACGCAUAAACUUCCUUUAUAAUUAUUCCGUAUCUUGCUUGGUUUUCGAAAUAAAUCGACUUAUUUUGAUCAAAAGGAGCGUGCAUUCCACCAUCUUGGAUAUGCAUUCGAUAUCCACACGUCACAAGCAGGGUAAAAAGCGAAAUUUUUACCUUGCAAACCACAUGCCAUUAUCAAUAUGAGACUCGAUUUUCCGAAGUCUUUUUAGUACUCAAUUAACUCGCAACAUUUUAAGUAACUUUUCGAAGAACUCAGUCGCACAUGAAGAAAUUUUAGCAAUUUUGCCCUGCUUAUGACGUCAUCAAAAACUCAGUUAAUUAGGUCAAUUAUAAUACCAAGAUGUCGGACUGCACACUGUUGUUGGUCAAAAUAUUUCAAAAACCAAGCAAGGUACGAAAAAGUGUCUUCACAUAUAUCUUUAAAAGUUCUUUCAAAUGAGACAAAGUUAAUUUUUAUUGCCAUAUCCUUUUAACACCCAACUCAAAUGAACCCCUCGAGUCCAUGACCAGGGGCGUAGCCACGGAGAGGGAGGGACCCACUAUCCUUCUUUACUCUUUAGAACCAAUUUUGUAAUUCGUAAGGGGCGUAACUUCGUAAUGCUUUCAUCUAUGACAUAAAAUAUACAAAAUCUGUGUCUAAAAUGCAUGAAAUGGUGUUUCGCAGGCCCUACAAAUAGAAACAUUUUCCGGACUCCCCAAGUUGCUCCGUGUAUACUACGAUUGCACGGUGCGAAAAUUCCCGCACUUGCAUACCGGGGGUACGCCACGUCGUUACUCUUGCCAUCUGCGCACUUUUUCCUGGUACCACAUGAUGACCUUUCCAAGCCCAAAGGUAUACUCAAUACUGUAAUUACUAUAAGUUGGUAUAUCAUGUGUCUGAGAUGUCUUCGCAUGAAACAUGAUUGGACUGAUGCCACUAAGAAACGUUGGGAGUCCAUUGUCUGUAUAUCGCAAUUGUGCUUAUUUUUCUACCUUGUACACAUUUAAAAAAUCUCGCAUCUUGUAUAGCAAGUUUGCCAACGAGCCGUCAACAAGUUGUGCUCGCACUGCUUGUCCCAAGUUGUCAACAAGUUUAUUAUCAAACAUUAUCAGACUUGUUGCAAGCUAAGUUGUUCCAACAAGUCCGAUACAGCCAUGAUAUAACAAUAUUGUUACAACAUUGUGUCAUCAAACUUUAAUUAACAUUCUUGUCAUACCAUGACUGUAUCAGAAUUGUUAGAACAACCUUGUAACAUGUCUGAUAAUGCCAUCAAGCUUGUUACAAGUUGCUAACAACUUGUUCCAAACUUGUCACAACAACUGGAAAUAAGCAAUGCAAACACAACUUGUCGACAGCUUGUGAGCCGAUUUGCAACAACUCGUUUGCAGACCUGUAAACACCUUGUGCAUUUUUACGUGUAUAGUCUGAAUGUACUUUUCAGAAACCUGUACUUUAUGAACCUUAUUCACGUACAAGUCCGGUAGAAUGAGCAGCUAAGAAAUUUGAUUACUGUAUCUUUAAAACAACCUCGCAAUAAGCUUUUUGUUGCUCGAAAAACGGGAAAACCUUGGUUUAUCGCUGUCUGUAGAAUGACAGUGUUCCGUUGAGGAUUACGUCUGGGAUGACAGAUUAUUCAUACUUGUUGCCUUGUAUGAAGAAUUUUUGUGUGUUCGAAGGCACUUUUUUGAGGUGACGUCGUGUUUUCUAAAUCUAUCCAAUAUAUAGAAAGUCGAAAGAUAAAGUUUUUGCAGUUUCACAAUUUAUUAAUUUGUUUGAACUUUGAAAGCAGUUCAUGUAUCCAUUGCGAGCUCGGUCAAAACAUGCGCGAUCUCGGGAUCAUCAAACGUACAGUUUUCCUUGAUUGAAGAAUUUCCAUUGCCGUCUUUGUUUCAGACAAUAUUUCGUGCUUUGGUUGAACCGAUUGUUCAAUGUCAAGAUCAAACUAUUUUGGAGCAAGAUGUCCAAAAUGGAAGCGCUGCUAACAACACCGCGAAAAAAGAUGAUUUUAAAAUCGUGUUCAAAGAUACACAUCUGGUAAGGAGCGCUUUCGAAUGACAGCGCAUAUUUGAUGUUUUCCAUCUUUCCUAAUCUUCUCAUCCUCUACAAAUUGAGGUACUGGAAAAUUAUUGCUUCAAAGUGGGAGGUUUACUACAUUUCGUUUCUCAAGAGUAUAGAGAUGCAAGAUCAGACAAGUACAUGUAGUUCGAAUGCGCUGCAGAAGAAUCCGAGGAUUCAAUUUGCCAGUUCACUCUUUAAUAAAUAUUUUGUUUGUGUUUCAAUAUGGAACCUGUAUUUUCUGUCUGUUUUGUUCGAUGCUUUAUGUAGUUAUAGGCAGGCCAUUGGAGUUUGACUGCUAAUAUUAGCAAGCAAUACAUUUAAACCAUCAAAUUGCCAAACGAAUAACUUUUCUUUGUCCUAAUAUCAGGAAAAGCUUGUUUAUACACAUGUCUGCAUGUAUACGAUUAGUCCUAGUCCUUGUCCGGGUGGUUGCGGGCUGCUCAUACAUGCAGCGUGCCAAAAUGGCAUCUGUUGUUACACUAAUUAUUGAACCAAAUUGCCUAAAUUCGUCCAUAGGAAUUACGCAUCUCUAGUUAAUAUUGAUGUUGGGACUCUACUGCAAAUCGCCCAGCAAAAACAGCCAAAACCAUGAAAAAAAUAUUCAAAAAAAGAUUUCCGACCUAACCCAUAACUUUUUCACGAUAUGAAACCGGAACCACAGGUUGUUUUUUUAGACCUUGGUUAAUGGUCUCUUAAUGGUAGCAGUAGUGGAAAUCAUAUGUGAACCUCUCUAAUGGGAAAAUCUUAAAUGCAACCACUUCACCUAUCAAUGCUCAUUACGUGUGCUUAUUUGAUUACAUACGCCAUGCAGAAUAGGAAUCGUAUAGGACUAAUCGUAUCGUGUAGACAGGCCUUAAAAUGGCUUGUUUUACUGUAUUCUUGACUUGCAACCCUUGAGAAUUCAAAAACAAUAAACUGUUGGCCAUGUUGGUGCCAAAUUCAAUGAAAGAUGAGAUUCGUUUGGUGAAUUACAACCAACAUGGCCGGAAUGCAAGUAGUUGCAAGUCAAGAAUACAACUGUGGUUGACAACAGUCACUCAAUUUGAUGGGGGAAAUAACCUAACGCUAGACCGCCAUGGUUAAAUAUCUUUAUUUUUGUAGUAUUCUGCAAGAUCACCAGAAGAAGAUGUCAUUUUUAACGAAACAGCGUAUGUUCAACCAGACCAGCCCACACAUACUGCACUUCAUCUGGUGAGAUUACGCAAUAAGCCAAUUCAGAGUUUCCUCUGCGCAUUCAAAUGACGCGUUCUCCGUCGGGAUAAAUUGCAGUGGAAUCAUAACAUGUAGCUAAGGCUGGAAGCAUUAAAAUUUGCAUGUCAAAAUGUCAUUAUACAUACCAAACUUUAUUUAAACCACGCUAGCCUCAACAGCCGUACGUUGGAAGGCUGGUUUCCAUGAGGGGCGUGAAAUUACCUACUUACGAGAAAUUAACUAUUUACAAAAAAAUACGAAAGUAUAACAAUAAAAAAAAAUACAAGUAAUUUUAACUGCACGAUUACACACAAGCAAAUUUCAACUCAUUCUUUUUGAAAGAGCUUAAGGAUUCAGCAAUUUUUGCCUCAUGGGGAAGAUUAUUCCAAUGCAAGGCAUACCUUCUAACGCAACAAAUCAAUGCAUGGUUUUUAAAAGACCGUCGGAGUCGGAAUUCUCUAGUGCAUGCGAAAUGAAAAAUAGUUGCAUGCCAACGCACGCCUAUAACAUGCGAUUCAUUGCACGCCUAGCCUUUCCUUCCUGGGAUGCCCUGCAGACCUGAGUAAAGUUUAAAGAUUUUAUAUUUCCUUUACUUCCAGGUGCGUUGGAAUCCGAACUACAGCAGCUACUACUGGUUAGCAACAGCUGGCAGAUCUGGUCUGGUGAGAUUAUGUUAUGUCAACAAGCUCGAGUAAUAUAACAUAGACGAAAUCGGAGUCUCCACCGUGCAUCCAAAUUAUGCAUUCUGCGCUGGGAACAAAUUGCAGUUCAACUAUAAUAUGUAGCUGAGACUCAAGACAUGGAAGAAUUAGAGUAUGCGUCUCAGAGUAUUCAAAUGUUCAAUCGUCAUUUGAAUAUUUUUCGCUUUUAGUUAGAAAAUAUAUUCCCUUAGGUGCACCUUUCUCUAUUUUGUUUUACACAAAAGGCAAAAUAAGCUAGUACAAACAUCACUCAAUAACAGUUCUUUUGUAACUGAAACACAAAUAAUGAUUUAUAAACGGUUCAAAUCAAUACUUUGAUAUUCAUGUUCUCAUUAUUUCAAUCUCAGCAACAUGUUGUGAUUCAACUGCAAUCUGUUCCCAUUUGCGGUCGCUGCGCCCACAUCGCGCUUACUCUAGAAAGUUCCUCAACAAAGUAGUUUUGAGACGUAAAUAAAGGUUAUUGAUGAAUUCCUUGACUCGAAUACAAAAAUGUAAAUAAUUUUAUUUUCUGACGUUGUCGGUGUUAAACUUCCUUAUAACUAAAAGAGGAGUCUACUGCCACAGGCUUCGGUCGACACACCCUUGAUUUAUUUACUUCCUUACAAAAAGUUUUAAAAACCUUCAAAUUAAACUUACUAGAAACUUCCUUUUUCCUCGGUAAAAUUGACUCCUGAAUCUCAGUUCACAGAAAUAUGUACCCGCGUUAACGCGGUCAAGGAAGUACAUGAGAAGUGAAAAUGCAAAACAAUACUACUGUACUUGUAAUCUAAGCCAGUUUAGCUUGACUUUGAGGCCAAGUAAUACACGAACUCAACGAACACACAAGUAAAAAACAAGGUCUUUUCCUUUACAACCGGAUCCAUGGGUUCAUCUUCAUCUAAAGCUAUUGCCCAAAAUACAACAUGCAGCCAUAGUUCUUGGUAUAUGGAGAGUGCUGAAGAAACCGUAAAGCCUGCCGUAAAGGUUUGGUCUUGUCGCGUUAAAGCGGCAUUAGGUUAGUCUGGGAGUUCAUCACGAGAUUGUGGUCGAUGUUUCUUCGGAGAACAAAUGGUUGUCUUCGAGUGGGUACGAGACGGUGAAGAAUUUUACGCCUGUGCGAAGAUAGGCGGACAGAAAUGUAUGGAUUUGGGAAGGCAUACUAUGGAAAUCAUAUAAUAAAAUAUAAAAUUAUUGGAAAUCAUAUAAUAACAGAUACAGCUGUAAUCACUGGACAGAGACAGUAGUAGAC